CAGCCGCGGCUUUGUGUGUGACGCAUGCUCAGAUUAGCUCAGAGCGCUGCGCUGUUGAAGAGACUCCCUCACGCGCUGUUUCAGUUCAGAACAGCUAAUAGGAGAGGCACGCAGGUGAGCGACUGCAGUUCCUGAAGGACAGAUUGGUCCUCUAUUUUCCAUCAUUAAACAAAGCUCCUUAAAGACCUUUGUCACUACCUGACUCGCACUUUUUGUGCGAUGCCAAAAAGUGACACCUGGCCAGGGGGCGUUGCCAUCGAAUCUGUGUCUGGUAUGGACAGUGCAGGAAGCUGUGAUAGUGUGCUCAGCAUCAACUCUGGAUUUAGUGAUGACAGUCUUGAGCACCUUUCUGCUGAGGAGAGAGCAUGCCUCAUGUUUCUGGAGGAGACCAUUGAGGCUCUGGAGGUAGAGGAGGACAGCGGUUUGUCUAACGACGAGCCUGAUGGCCUAUCUAAUGGUCUGGAAGGAAAAACUGCUCAUCACACAUCCAUCUACCAAAACAAUACUGGGGAGCUAUCAGCCCAUGAGGAUCCAAACAAAGUGAUCGGAAGAGAUCGUAAACCUUCUCAGAAGUACCUUGUGCCAACUCCAUUGCUCCUUGCCAGUGGGAAUGCCAAGAUAGUCAGCAAACCAAUGGAAUCAUCUCACAUAGAAGCACCUGUGGCAUUUAUUGAUGCACCUGAUGGGUUCAGAUCAAGCCCUGACCAUCAACAACCUGGACGGACAGUUUCUGAAGAAGCUGCUUUGGAAGUAGCAACUGCUAAACCAAGAAUUGGACAAUCAAGUGAUGUAGUGGACUUGCCACCUUCCUUUAUACCUGAACCUCCAGUUAGAACAAGUUUGCCUAAUGACUCUAAAGCCAAAGAUGGCAUUCAUAAGAGUUUGGACGUGAAGCCUCAGCCGAAGCAGCAGAAAGUGUCCUCAGAGGUACCGCUGGAAUUCAUUCCUCCACCCUCAGACUUCAUGGAUGAACCAACCAAGAAGAUAAGCCUCACUUAUUCGCCACCACCUCCACCUGCUUACGAUGAGCCACCAGAAUGGAUUCCCGAACUCCCCAAAAUGGAGCCGCAUGUUUCUGGUGGAUCCAUCAAGCCAACCGAGGUGACCAAAUCAAGGAGUGUAGACCCAGAAUCGUCAAAAGCGCCAUUAUCCCACAAUGAGAUCGAAAACCUGCGCAAGAAGGCCUCCGUGAAGAAAGCACCUCACUUGACAACGAUAACGGUUGCACAGCAUUCUGCGGCAGACAAACCGAUGACACCUUCGCCAUCUUCAGAAUAUGUUCCUGCUGUGCCAAAAGAGUACAGCGACCCCAAAAGCCCACCAGCUGUGGCGCCCAAACCCAAGAAACUCCCAUCUAAUAUCAUCCUCAAAAGCCACAAAGACACCGGGAACACACAUCCGUUACUUCUGCAGAGCGAGCGCACUCAGAUGGAUCCCCAGAAGAUCCGAAUGGAGGCUUUGAAAAAAUUGGGCCUGCUAAAGAACGAAGAGGUUGAAACAGGCCACGGCGUCUCUCCCUCUCAUUCACCAACGUUCAGAACUAAAGCUCGUCCACAGUCUCCCUGUAACCCAACAGCAUCUGUAGAACCCGUGCAAGAACUAUCUAGACUAUCUGAAAGUCCCGUACCAGCGGACAUGCAACCACGUGCAGACACUCUAAAGCACCAAGACACAAAAAGCAGGGAAGGUUCAUUGAAGAAGCAACCAAUAAGGUCUUACGAAAUCAAAUCAGCCUCCCUGGAGCGCACAGGGAUUGGAAUGGUCAUUGAACCCAUGCCACAGAUGACAAACCCAGACAGGACCCGUGUUGAGUUGUCGCCAGGUCAGUUACGAAAGAGUCAAGCUCGACCUUCAUCUCUAGGGAGCGCAAAGGACUUUGGUAUUGUCUAUCAGGCUGAUGAUUCAACCAAAUCGCUCCACGCUGCUGCGGUUCAGCCAGGCAAUGAUGCCCAAAAGUUGCCCCGCUCCAAUGGAAUAAGCGUGAUGAUCUCCCCGCACGGUAAAAAUGGCGAGAACCGACGGGAAGCCUUGAAGAAACUGGGAUUACUGCGGGACUAAUAGAUGGUGGAAUGUAUUUCACAAUUUAUUCUGGGUAUUUGGACCAUUAGCAUUGAAAGGAAGAAUGCUGAAUGCUUUUGGUUCCGGCUUUUCGGCAUCUUUAAGUACCUUCUUAAGUAAUUAAUACAGUUUAAUAUAUGCACUUUCUUCUUAAUUGUUUUGGUAAGGCUACAUCCACAUGAAUCUGGAUGAAUUUGAAAAUGGCGUUUUCGUUUCGAAACGCUGUCCAUCCAUCCAUCCACCCAUCCAUCCAAGAGUUGAUUGUCCUCUCGUAAACAUCUGAAAACACAGGAAUGCUAAAUGAAGGUUGUACAACUUAACACUUAUCUUAUCUUGCUGCCUGCUUUCAUCGUUUUAUCUCUUAAGUGCGUCACAACUAAAUAUAUGUCAUUGUUUUGAAAUACCUCCAUCUUCAAAGGCCAUACUAAAACUCGAAAAUGCCAUUUUAAAAUGGAUCCGCUUGGGAAAAGCUCUGUUUUUGCUGGACAAAAACAUUGUUUCAGUAUGGGCCAAAACAUAGAGAUGCCUCAAAUGUUCUCAAUAGAUGUGUCUUCAAAUUUGUCCUGAUUUAAUGUGGAUGUAGCUUAAGAAAAGGAAAUGUAAAUACAUUUUAUUUUGGCACAGAAUUAAGAUAAUUAUGGCUUCCAGAUCACUUUCACUUUUUUUGUAUUAUGUAAAAUGUAAAUGUAGUUUGCAGUAUUUUCCUCCUAAAGAAUUGAAACAUUGCAUUCCAACAAGAUGAGUAUUCAGUUAUUCUAUAUUCUGAUUGUUUUUCAGUGGUUCAAAUCUAAUUGUUGGUGUAUAUAUUUCUUUGUGCCGUUCUCACUUUUUAAAUACUUUAAAAAAAAAAAAUAAAAGUUGUUAUUCUUGUAAAAGAACACUCUCUUCAUAAACAUUAAUACAUGCCUGUAAUUAAAUGCAUAAUAUUUUUCAUAUUUAUGAGGGAUUCUUGUUAAAGAUUUAGAUUACACUGAAGAGUUCAGACAUCUACAUUUUGGAGGAAUUGAGGAAAAAUCUGUAAAUAUGAUAUGUAGGCCUAUUGAAGUAUUAGGUUGACAUGACUAAUUCAAAAAUAGGAUCCUGUGUGGAUCCAUGAAACUUGGAGUCAAGAGUUCAUUGUCCUCGUCUCUGACGCACAAAUACCGAUCCAUGUUUUUCUUGUCAACAGAGUCUUGCUGAGGUAACAUUCUGAGAGUUCCUUUCGUAACAUCAGCUGCUGCUUUCAGACGAGGCAGGAACUUGUCAAACCUGAUCCGAGACAGGAGGGUUUUGUGAUCUGGGUGGUUAAUGUCCUGCUUUUCUUUGUCAUCAACAAUUUGAGCCUGCAAUGAGUUGGACUGAUCAGGUUUUCAGCUCAUGUACAUGCUUCGUCAAGCAUAACAAUAUCAUUUGUCAUUUGAACAGGUGCAGGAGUUUGUUUAUUUUACAAAAUAUCAUAAAUAAAAUGGCACAAUAAGGGCAAUAGCCUAUACAAAUAGACAGGAUGACAAUACAAUACUCUGCAGUACAAUACAACGGAUGCAAAGAUUUAAAACACUGAGGAACAAAUGACAAAAGUCAUCAAAAAGUAGCUAUGUCAGACUGUGGAUUGACAGCAAAUAAAAUGCCUUUGAGAGUGAAAA